AGCCGCAAAGCAUUAUGGAAUUUUGAUUACUUUUUUUUUUUUUUUUUUAAAAGAUGUUGCCAAGGAGAUGGAAUGUCAACAAGCCAGCACCUCCUUUUUUAAAGACAGUGUUAGCUAGAAAAUAUACCAGCUAAUUAGCUUGCCAGACAUGAGUCAGUUCCUGGGUCGGCAGGACUGUAUCGACAGUCUCCGAAAGGACCUGGUGGACCUUCAAGGUGCGAUUCUGGACGUAUUUUCUAGAACCGGACCGGUCCGCUUUUCCUCCUGGAAAUUCCCAGACAAACUGUCCUGCAAUCUGGAUAUGGUGGCUUUGCUGGAGCAGUAUGACUUUGUGGAUGGGGAGGAUGCAUUCAGUCAGCACUCCCACAUUGUUUUAUUGGAGCUGGUGAUUGACAGACUGCUGCUUCUUCUGCAAAGCUUCAGUGCUUAUGUUGAGCAACUAAGGGGCAGGAGAGAGCAGACCCAGCAGAAAGGAUGCUUGUCUGUUGGGCUUGUGGUCAGGAGCUAUUGGAGUAGUUUAGUUCAAUUUGCCACCACUAAGGAGAUGUGCAACUACAUUAAAAAACAGACAAAAACAAAGAGAUUUAAUGAUGAUGAGACAAAGACAGUUUCACCUGUUUCCUCCCAAAUGAGCUCAAGGUGUGACUCCUGCAGACAUUGUUUAUCUGCCGGGUCUUCAGCGAGCACAUUUACAUUUUCCCCUCAGAAUCACCUAUCCUCCAGUCCCACUCACAACACCCCACGCUUUCCUAGAGGCGACAGCCAUAACGUAGGCUGCCAGACAAUUGAAUCAUCCCUCAUUCCCUGCAAUGCAUGUCACCAGGUGCAGUUUCUGUUGAGAAAGACAGGAGAUGCUUUGGUAGAUCUGUUUCAGAGUGAGGGCCUGCCCUCGUCUCUGCUGCCUCUCUCAGCAGCUGUAGAGGACACUGUGGAGCUGGGACAUAUGACAGCAGGUGAUGUUGCUCAGUGGGCCAAUGAGCAGCUCAGGGACAUGCGCCGGCUGGCAAAACACCUUCAAGAUGUACGGAGUACAAUACAGCCUCUUAAAGAUCGACUGGCAGCAGCAGAAACAGAACGAGAGAGGUACAGGUGCCAGCUGCACAGAGUGCAGAAAGAGUUCAAGGAAAAAGUGGAAAAACACCAACAAAACACAGUCCAGCUGGAGUUUUCACUACAGAAAGCAGAGAGAUCCAUGAAAGAAACAGAGCAAAGGCUACAAAAGGAGCACCAACAACUCAUGAGAAAAACUUUGUCAUUGGAGGAGAAGAAUUCCAAACUACAGGAGGAAUUUGCAUUGCAGCAAGAUACUUUACAAGCACUUGAAUACGAGAAGAAUGAGUUGCAGGAGAGAGUCAAAACCUUGCAAACUGAGGAAGAGGUCUGCUGUAAACUACAACACAGGAUCAAGCAGUUAGAGAGUGAAAUCUCUGACAGUCAGCUGCUUCUUGACAAGGAGAAUGCCAAGUACCAGAGUGCUUGCCGUCAACAAGAGUCGAUGCAGGCAAAACAGAAAUCUUUGUUAGAGAGAGUUGAUGGUCUCGAUGAAGAGUGUGAAGAGCUGCAGAGGCAGUUGGGAGAGAGAGAAGAGAGACAGAUCAACCUACAUAAUCAGCUGCAACACACAUCAGAGGAGAAGGAGCAACUGCAGGCUCAGCUCACUCAGCAGCAGGAUUUGUGUUUCCAGCUCCAAAAGGAGAAGCAGAUGCUAAAAACAGAUGCUGACCAGUUAAAAAACUGUGUGGCUGAGCUAAAAGAAUCUGUGAAAGCUUUAAGGGAGAGGGAGAGGCUGCUGGUGGCGUUCCCUGAGCUCACCCCCCUGGCUCAGGCCCAACCACAGAGUACAGGAAAUGUGCUUCUGGAUAUGGAGCAGCAGCUGCAGGCAAAUAACAUUCGUAUAAAAGUUCUGGAGCAGGAAAAUGCUACCCUACACAGGAGUCUGGAAAAACUGAGGGAAAGAGCACAACAUAAUGCCACCAGGGAAGCCUCACCACAGCAGACAUGGAGCACCUCUCUGCCCAGCACACCAGUAGAAAAACAACUAAAUCACCUGACACAAAUACAGAACAGUCUAUUGCAGAGCAGCAGUGCAGCACAACUGGGAUACAGUAACAAAGGAAAGGAACCAAGUGGAGGAGAAAGUGGUGUGGAGUCAGCCGGGUCAGAGGAUCAUGUGUCUGCCUCCCCCUCAUCCCUGAAAAUUCACCUUCAAACCCUCCAACUCAACACUGCUGCUACUAGACAUACACAAAUACGCAGUGCUUCUCUGCGCUCUCACUCCAGAGGACUCAAUCUGAAGAAAAAAUGAAUCCCUGAAGGUGUAAAACAGAAGGUACCCAGCGUUAUAUAAGGAUUCAUGGCCAAGAAUGUAAUGUAAUGUUUUUACAUUGCCAUUGUGUAUUCUGAUGACAGUGGAUUAACAAAAGUAACACGACAUCUCUUACUACGUUAAGUUAUAAUAUGUCUUUAAUAAACAUACUGCGGAUACACUCACGAAAA